AUGAAGGUCCUCAUCCUUGCCUGCCUGGUGGCCUUUGCUUUUGCAAAGGAGACUAUAGAAAGCAUUUCUAGCAGUGAGGAGUCCAUUACCCACAUCAACAAGAAACCUGAGAAGUUAGAAAAUUACAAACAGCAGCAAAAAGAGGAUGAACGCCAGGACAAAAUCCACCCUCUUGUCCAGCCACAGCCUCUUUUCUAUCCUAAUGCUGAGCCCAUCCCUUAUGCUAUCCUUCCACAAAACAUCCUGCCUCUUGCUCAGCCCGCUAUGGUGCUGCCUUUCCUUCAGCCUGAAGUGAUGGAAGUCCCCAAUACUAAGGAGACCAUCAUUCCUAAGCGCAAUGUGAUGCAAUUGCCUAAAUCUCCAGUAGUGCCAUUUCUUCAGCGCCAGAUCCCAAACCUCACUGAUCUCAAAGCACAGCUCCCUCUGCCUCUGCUCCAGCCCUUCAUGCACCAGAUCCCUCAGCCUGUGUUUCAGACUCCCAUGCUUCCUACUCAGCCCCUGGUCUCCCUUCCUCAGUCCAAAGUCCUGCCUGUUUCCCAGCAAGUGCUGACCUUCCCCCAGAGAGCUAUGCCUGCCCAAGCCCUUGUGCUGAACCAAGAGCUUCUGGUUGACCCUACCCAGGCAUUCUACCCUGUGACUCAACCUAUUGCCCCAGCUUACAACUUACAACAAGCUUAAGAGGAUUUCAAAAUUAAUGUUUACCCC